AUGGCAACCGUCGCUGUUCGAAGGCGCGACAGGAGAAGGAAGCUGAAACCCAAGCUGACGUUCGGCUCGACAAGCGGCGGUCCCAGUAGUUUGCCGUCCAACAUGAAGGCAAACCUACCGGAACUCUUUGCCCUUCUCAAGCUGCAGCACAAACCUGGCGUUGCAGGAAACGGAACAGAAGCAGCUGCUUCCGAACACUAUUUGAAAGGUGAGAUUCUGAAGACUUCAGAGACAACUGCGAGCGACAGCUGCAACGCUCAAUCAUUAUCGCAAAGCAUCAAGCCUAUGGGCACGCAGGAACUUGAGGCAAGCACGUCCAAUGUUGUCGAGGCGGGAACCAGCAUCAGUGGAGAGGAUCAAGUUUUCCCCAGUGAAGAGCCCAAGCCGAAGGCACCCACUGAGACGGAUGUAGUGGAUAUCGUGAGGCAGCUGCGAAAAGUGCUGCAGGAAAAAGGCCCGUCCCAGGAGAACGACCUAAUGGAAGCGCUGAGCCCUUCGCAGGCUCAGCUAAUACGCGAAGUAUACGGCUCCUUAACUGUCUUCCUGGACCGGCGUCCAGGAUUUGCAGUGGUGCACGAGGACUUAUACUCUUUUGUGUAUUACCAGGACCCUGAUGACGAAGAUGUAUGUGGCUCCAAACCCCUUCUCCAGGAUGGAGCUAACGUCGGGUCUACUUGUUUCAACGACAGCGGACAUCAGCACGUGGAGGCUGGUGACGGCGAAGCGCGGCGCGCGCGUGUCAACUCAUCGACCAGCAGCACUUACGAGUCAGCCAUCGAUGAAGAGGACAAGGAACAAGAACAGCACAAAUCAAAGGACGGCUCGAGCCAGGUACUUUCACCUCCUCGUUGUCUCUCACGCGCUCUGCAGCCGGUGCAGGAUACGUGCGAUGCCGUAGCCCAGACCCAAGGAUGGGACCCUGCCCAGUUCUCUGAGUUGGAGUCGACGCUGCGGAAGCGCGACGCAGAGAUUGCGGAGCUGAAAGAGAGGUUAGAAACUCUCCGUGAUAAUCAUGCCAGCGAGGUGCAGGAGCUUCGUGUGGAGAUUGACAAGCUUCUCCAGACACCUGCACCAGCUCCACCGCGGAGUGCGGCGGAGGCAAAGAACCGCACCGCCAAGAAGGAGUCGAAGCUCACCGGCACGAAUGGGGCAGGCGCACAGGUCAGCCCGCGGCCACAGAUGUAUCCAUUACCUCGUCCCAGGCCCGAGGAGAAAUCGCGCGCGUUUCCCAUUGAGCCAAAGCCCCGGCCACUUCCUUCGGCUGACAGAAAGUUCGGGAGGUGCGCAAAGCCGCCGCAAGUGCCAGAAUCCCAUGAAAUGCCCGACAGUAAGGAUGAGGUUGCAGCUCCACGCUCGGACGUCGAGUCCAUGUCGCCCAGCCAGGGAGAACCGCCGUCGAAGAGCAAGAUGGAGCAACAAAUCUCAAAAAUUGUACGUAUGGUGAAGAAGCGCAAGCCAGACUACACUGACGAAGAGAUCCGCAGGCGGGUGGACCACCUUCGCCGGUCACAAGGCGGUUUCUCUCGAAUGACCUUUAACGCCAUCGUUGCACUGUUUCUUGCCAACCUGAAAGCCGUGCCGGAAGAAAAUAGUUGAUAGCACGUGGAGACACCGCUUCUAUGAAAAAGAGCUCGGCACGCUAAGGCUACCUGGGCGCCGGCGCAUCAAGCCUGCCGCAUUUUUUCUCUUUCUUCCUCUUGUUUCAUUUUGUGCUGCCACAAUUUAAAGUAGUGUUACUUCGUCUUUUCCCUAUGCUCAUUGA